AGUACAAACACUUCCGCUUUACUGUAGGCAAUGGGUGGAAUGAAACAUCUUAGUAUUGAUUGAACAAGUGUACUACUCAGUUUUGCUUUAUUAUAAAACUAGACUUUGAAGCAGUUGGAAACUUUCCGAUCGUUUUUUAAAUAGUUUUACUUGAAUCGGCUACGAUAAUAAUAAUAAUACUAAUAAUAAAACUGACGGGAUAUAAACAGCGUUAUUAAACCAGUAUUUAAUCGUCUUGAACAGUGAACUGCAUCAUAAUUUGACGAUGUUAAAAGCGAUUAUCUUAAUUGGGGGCCCUCAAAAAGGUACCAGGUUCCGUCCACUGUCAUUCGAGGUGCCCAAACCACUGUUUCCUGUGGCAGGGGUUCCCAUGCUGCAGCAUCAUAUAGAAGCCUGUGCCAAAGUUCCUGAUAUGAAAGAGAUCAUCUUAUUAGGUUUUUAUCAGCCCAAUGAGGAGCUAAACCGCUUCAUUUCUUCUGCUCAGCAGGAGUUUAAAGUCUCAAUAAGGUACUUGCAGGAGUUUGCCGCUCUUGGUACAGGUGGUGGUAUCUAUCAUUUUCGUGAUCAGAUCCUGUCUGGAGGGCCGGAUGCAUUUUUCCUCAUGAAUGCAGACGUUUGCUCUGAGUUCCCCUUGCAAGAAAUGCUACGUUUCCAUCGUCAACAUGGGGAAAGUCAUUGUGGUGUCAUUCUUGGAACCACAGCCAAUAGAAAGCAAUCCUUGAACUACGGUUGCAUUGUUGAAAAGCAGCAAACAAAUGAGGUGCUCCAUUUUGUCGAGAAACCCAGUACAUUCGUAAGUGACAUUAUCAACUGUGGCAUCUAUUUUUUCACACCAGAAAUUUUCAGCCAUAUUGGGAAGGUUUUCCAGAGGAACCAACAAGAGAGGCUCCAAGAAGAGCUCACUUACAGCAGACAGAUGCCAGAGGUGAUUCAUCUGGAACAGGACAUCUUUACAAGCCUUGCAGGACAGAAAAAACUCUAUGUCUACAAAAUCCAGCAUUUCUGGAGUCAGAUCAAGUCUGCGGGGUCAGCAAUAUAUGCUAGCCGCUUGUACCUCAAACAGUACCAUCAGACACAUCCUGAGAGACUGGCCACAAACCAAGAUGGAACCCCAAAAAUAAUAGGAGAUGUUUACAUCCACCCUACAGCAAAUAUUGACCCCUCUGCUGUGCUGGGUCCCAAUGUUUCCAUUGGGAAAGGGGUGACAAUUGGAGGAGGUGUAAGAGUGAGGGAGUCCAUCAUUUUACAUGGAGCCAUAUUACAGGACCACUGCUGUGUGUUAAACAGUAUUGUUGGGUGGGACAGUACAGUGGGGAAGUGGGCAAGAGUGGAGGGAACCCCAAGUGACCCGAACCCCAAUGACCCUUAUGCCAAAAUCGACAGUGAGACAUUGUUUAGGGAUGGAGGACUGACUCCAUCUAUCACCAUCCUUGGCUGCAAUGUCAGUAUUCCAUCAGAAGUCAUCAUUCGAAAUUCUAUUGUCUUGCCUCAUAAAGACCUCAACCGAAGCUUCAAAAACCAGAUUAUUUUAUAGAAGAUCUUCGCCUAUGACUUCCUGAGUUAAGACAUUGGGACUGCACAAAUUAUUGUUAAAUGUUUAUCAUUAUUUAAUUUUAUAAAUGUUGUAUUUUGUAUUCAAAGAUCAGAGACAAUGUAUUGAUCAAAUUGUAUUGUAAAAAUUAAUGAGGUGCAUAUUAGGGUAAGGAAUAAUUGGAAUUUCAUACUCGAUGUUAUGCUGAAGCACUGGCCUUGUCCACAUGCAGUAACACAACACAGCAUAAAUCUGUGUGGUUAUCUAAUGUGUAUUUUUUUAUGCCAAAAUGAGCACAGAUUGAUGCCUGAUGUUUCUGUAAUUUUAAUGAAAAAAUAAAACUGAACGUAAUCCU